CUCUGGCCACGACGUGGAGCUGUUCCACGUCUUCCGCGUAAUUGGCGGGUGAGAGUGGAUGGCAAGGUCAGGCGGGGGAGCGCUCCCCCUUUCUCUCCUUAAGCGCUACUUUUUCCGGCCAGAAUGACCACGCCCCAUAACUUUAUUACCUACUGCACCUGUUUCUUUUCUCCCAGGACCCCAAUGGGGUUAGAGGGAAGUUGGGUUGGGCGGGGCUUAGAGGGCGUGGGUCGCCAGACGCAGCCAGCAGAGCGGAUUGGGACUGUCGUGGACCAGCAAUUGCAGCAAUUUGAGGAAAGCAGCUGGGUUAGUAGGCGGCGGGAAAGUGGCUCCAAAGUGCCCGCAGCCAUGGCUAGGCAGGAGGAUUGGGUAACAGCAGAAUCAUCUGCUCCAACACUCAGGAGGCACUUGGCUGGGUGGGUAGGUGGGAAGCAGGAAAUGUGAGCUAUUUGGGCCCUUCCCAGGAGUCAACAUCCUCAGUUUAAGAGACAGGUCCCAGGAAUAUGAAAACCAAGAAGAAGCUACAGAUGAAGACAGAGUAAAUACCCUUGUCCUAAACUGAUUUUCCGAACGUGUUCAGACAUCUACAAUCCUGAACAAGAAGAUAGUAUGGACUUCCGAAAUAUGCAUCAAAACUGAUGACCAAAGAAGAUUGGGUAAAACUUUCAUGGCAGCCUGUAUGCCGGACCUGCAUUCAAAGGUGCAACCUAAAGCACCUGCCGAGAUGUUUCCUUUGCAAAGUCCACAGAUGCUGCAGAUGCUAGAGAAGUCCUUAAGGAAGAGUCUCCCUGAGUCCUUAAAGGUCUAUGGAACUGUCUUCCACAUAAACCAGGGGAACCCAUUCAAGCUAAAGGCCUUGGUGGACAAAUGGCCAGAUUUUAACACAGUAGUUGUGCGCCCUCAGGAGCAGGACAUGACAGAUGACCUUGAUCACUACACCAACACCUACCAAAUCUAUUCUAAGGAGCUCAAGAGCUGUCAAGAAUCGCUUGUCUCAUCAAAUGUCAUUAACUGGAAACAACAUUUACAAAUCCAAAGUUCACAGUCCAGCUUGGAUGAGGUGAUACAAAGUCUUGCUGCUGCUAACUCCGUCCAGGUCAAGAGAACACAGUGCAUUCUGUACAUGAUGCCUCAGACAGCAAGGAAACUGGUGCCUUUCCUGGUGGAUACAAAGAACUUAUGUCCUGAAUCUGGGGAACCCAAGGCCAUUAACCAAGAGAUGUUUAAACUCUCAUCACUGGAUGUGACCCACGCUGGCGUGGUGAAUAAAUUCUGGCAUUUUGGUGGCAAUGAAAGAAGCCAGAGAUUCAUUGAGCGCUGUAUCUGGACCUUUCCCAGCACCUGUCUUUUGGGUCCUGAAGGGACGCCUGUGUCGUGGGGCCUGAUGGACCAGACGGGGGAGAUGCGAAUGGGAGGCACUGUGCCUGAGUACCGGGGCCAAGGCCUCAUCUCCUACGUCACUCACGUCCACGUCCAGGCUCAGGAGAAGCUUGGCUUCCCUGUGUAUAACCAUACGGACAGAGCCAACAAAAUCAUCCAGAAAAUGAGUCACAAUCUACAUCAUGUCCCCAUGCCCUGUGACUGGAACCAGUGGCACUGUGUGCCUCUGUGAAGCUGGCCCUGAACGCAAGUUAGCAUUGGAUGGGCUGUGACGUGGCUGGAAGCGUGGAUGAGUAGACAGGAGAGAACAAAUCAUAACCAGCGCUACAGGAAUGGGCAUCCUUGGGCUCUGAGGAAGCAGUGUGAAUGGUUAAUGAGACCACCGUGGUCCCUGCACUCAAAUUACCCUACGGAUCCAGCAGACCUGGCAUGGCCAGACCUCUCUGUAGUGGUCCCUGGCCUCGUUCAAUUUCCUACCCUUCUGGAUUCCAGUGACACUUUUUCUGUUUACCUGUGUGAUUCCCUACUGCUUCUCCUGGAACUCUGGCCUCACACACUGAUUAUUACCAAUAGCAGAUACCAAUAGUUAUGUCAAGAUGUGGCUUUACCUGGUAGAUGGUAUUUUUCCCUCUCUUUUCCUAGGACCCCUCUAUUUAGUGGUCAGUUAUGACCUGUCUUUGACAUACAUAGCUUUUAGUGAUCCUUUCACUGAUGCUGUCAGGUCUUUUUAGUAACCGUGUUGCCAUACUCCCUGUGCAAAUAUAUGGCGGUAAGUGGCUACUAUACCUGAGAGACUUAUUUUUUAAAAUAAAUUUAAUUAUUUGUAUUUAACCUA